CCAAGUCUGGAUGUAAAAACAACUGCGUUUCGGAGAAGGACGGUACCUGGAGAUUUCGCUCCCUGCCCUCCACUGAGAGCUGCGCUGAAGAGUUUUCUGAAUGCUCUGCUUUAAAGAUUUAAACGGCAGCUUUGUUGAAGGGAAAUUUAAAGUGAUCCUUGAGAGCAUGGCUUUUGAGCUGUGUUAAAUUUGUGGCAAGAGUGUCAGGCAUUUCAUACUUGGCUUCCAAAAGAGAAAAAAAAAAAGAAACGAAAGAGCGAGAGGAAAAAAAAAAGCCCUGAUGUGUGUGGGGAAGAAAUCUCCCAGGAAUUUCUUCAAGGUUGUAGUCAGACACAGUAAGGUCUAAAGUGACAAGAAAAGCAAGGCAAAGAUAAAACUUGAAAUUGUGAUAAGAUGUCUGAGUCUAAAGUGACAGAUUGCAGAAAACUUUUGGGAUUACACAUGCUCAUCUUGUCCUGGAUAUGACUGAAUACAAGCUAGUUUUUCUCCAGUGACAGCUCAAAAAACCCCUCAAGAUUAUGUUUCUCUUCCUUGUUGCUUUUUUGCCAGUGGUUUUUAAAAUUGGUUUUGCCAGCCUCUCAGCUCUGCAGCACUGGAACUGUCCUAAUGGAUACAGAAUAAAGCCUGAAAACUCUGCUUGUGUAGAUAUUGAUGAGUGCCUUGAAGGUGGUUUGGGAACCUGUGGCCAAACCUGUAUCAACGUUCCAGGGUCGUACAUCUGCUCCUGUUUGCCUGGCUACUCCUUGGGUAUUGACAAGCAGUCUUGCUAUGUGAACGACCCAGCGCCAUUCCUGCUGUAUAGCCAUGGAAAUGCCAUCUUCAGAAUUGACACUGAAGGGACAAAUCAUGAAAGAUUGGUUUCUGAUACUGGUCCAUCAACACUUACGGAUUUUCAUUAUAUAGACGAGAAAGUGUAUUGGGUAGACUCUGAAAGGCGACUACUUCAAAGAAUUAAUCUAAAUGGCACAAAACGAGAGAGACUUUGUUACAUAGACAAAGGCAUUUCAGGAUUUGCUAUUGACUGGAUAAAUCAAGACAUUCUCUGGGCCAACAGACAGAAAGGAACCAUAGAAGCAACCGACAUGAAUGGGAAGAAACGCCGAGUUCUUCUAAGAGCUGUUGGUCGUCCCACAAGGAUUACCAUUGAUGCUGAACAAAGGCUGUUAUUUUUGUCUUCAGAUGGUACAGUUUCCAGUAUACACCGAGCGUCCCUCAGUGGAAGUGAUAUGAUAAAUAUUUUAAAAACUACAGAAAAAAUAAAGGCCAUCUCACUAGAUUUGGUUGACACAAGGCUCUACUGGAUCCAACAUGACCACAGUAAAGAGAUUUCCCAUAUUGGAUCAUGUGACUAUGAUGGUGGAGCUGUUCGUUUCCUCAGAAAUUCUAUCCGACAUCAAUUGCUUGGUAUGUCUCUCUUUGCUGAGCACCUGUACUACUCAGACUUGAAGUCUGGCAUGAUAUGGAGAGCCAACAAAUAUACUGGAAAUGUUGUAGUCACAAUUAGCCUGAAGCCAUCAUUCUUCCCACCAGUGGAGAUAAAAAUAGUACAUCCAUUUAAGCAGCCAGGUGCAAGGAUUGAUUCUCAGGAUUUGGAAAAAGGAAUCUGUGAUUUGAGCAGAGAAAAGUGCAGAAGAAGAAUCUGCAGGCCAGACUCAAGGACUCAUCGGUGUAAAUGUUCUAGUGGCUUUAUUUUAAGUAGAAAUAAACAGUUUUGUGAAGACAUUAAUGAAUGUGGCUUUUGGAAUCAUGGCUGCACUUUAGGCUGCGUGAACAUCCCUGGUUCCUAUUACUGCACCUGCCCGAGAGGCUUUGUUCUGCUGCCUGAUAGGAAAACAUGCCAUGAGCUAAUUACCUGUACGAGUAAUGACACCGGAUGUAGUCACGGCUGCCUUCAAACAUCUAAAGGCCCUGUUUGCUUUUGCCCAGAAGGAUCUGUGCUCAAAGCGGAUGGCAAAACAUGCACAGGUUGUACAUCUCCAGAUAAUGGUGGCUGCAGUCAGAUAUGCUCUUCUUUAAGCCCAUCCUCCUGGGAGUGUGCUUGUUUUCCUGGAUAUAAGCUUCAGCGAGACAGAAAGCACUGCACUGCUAUAGGUCCUAAGCCAUUUUUGUUAUUUGCAAAUGGCCAAGAUAUCCGCCAGAUCAGUUUUGAUGGAACAGAUUACGCAAGUUUACUUGACUGGCAGAUGGGAGUAGUCUUAGCACUGGACUCUGACCCGGUGGAAAAUAAGAUUUACUUUGCCCACACUGCCUUGAAAUGGAUAGAACGAGCUAAUCUGGAUGGCUCAGAUCGUGAAAAGGUUAUUCAUGGAGCUAUAGAUACACCCGAAGGCCUUGCUGUGGACUGGAUUAACCGUAAAUUAUACUGGACAGACAGAGGGAAGGUGUGCAUUGAGAGGAGCAAUCUGAAUGGAAUGCAAAGAAAAAUGAUCAUCUGGGAGGAUCUCUCCCAGCCCCGAGGGAUUGCCAUUCACCCAUUUGCUAAGAGAUUAUUCUGGACUGACAUGGGGGCCAAUCCGCGGAUUGACAGCUCUUCAUUGGAAGGCUUCGAUCGCAGGGUCGUAGCCAGCACUGGCCUGCUGUGGCCCAGUGGAAUAGCUCUGGACUACUUGGCUGACAAGGUGUACUGGUGUGAUGCUAAACAGGCCGUGGUUGAGAGCGCAAACCUGGAUGGUUCUGGUCGUCGAAUUCUUGCACAGAAUGAUGGUUUCUUGCGUGUGUUCUACAGAUGUGGAAGUGAUAAACCUAAUGUCUUUGUAGGCCGCCCUUUUGCUGUAGCGGUGUUUGAGGACCACCUGUGGUUUUCUGACUGGGCUAGGCCAUCACUAGUGAGGGUGGACAAGAAGACCGGCCAAAACAGGGUACGUCUCCGAGGCAGCAUGCUGAGACCCUCAUCAGUGGUUGUAGUUCAUCCUUUGGCGAAACCAGGGGCAAAUCCUUGCCUUUAUGAGAAUGGAGGCUGUGAUCAGAUCUGUGAAAACAGGUUUGGAAUUGUCCACUGCAAGUGCCAUCCAGGAUUUGUGAAAACUCAAGGUGGAAAAUCCUGUCAUGCUCUGGAUUCUUCUAACUCAACAGCAGGAAGUGUUUUUGUGCGCAAGGAGGUAAUGCCAAUGCCACCACCAGAGACUGUGCUCCAGAGCACUGGAAUUUUUAAGGAUGCAGACAAUGGGGAAAAGCAGAAAAUAAUUUUCUUUACAGCUGAAAUCAUGGUAUCAGAUGAAGAUGACUGCACUGCCCUAGAAUGUUAUGUCAAUGCAGAGUGUGUUUUGCUGGAAGAUGGUGCUAUGUGCCAGUGUUUGAAAGGAUUUACCAGGAAGGGGAAAUCAUGCUAUGACGUGGACGAGUGCGCCGCACGCAUGGACCGCUGCAAUCGAAGCGUGUCUGACUGCAUCAACACGGAAGGGGGCUACGUCUGUAGGUGCCUGGAAGGCUACACUGGAGAUGGAGUCCAUUGCUAUGAUAUUGAUGAGUGCCAGACGGGGUCCCACACCUGUGGAGAGAACAUGACCUGCACAAAUACAGAAGGAAACUUCACUUGCUCGUGUGCUGAUCCUGCUUCCGGAACUGGCGUCGGUUGCAAGUCUACUGCUUCCCCAGCUGCUGUCAGCAAUGAGUACACUACAAAGGCUGUGCAAGGUGAUGUUGUAGGAUGUCCUCCUUCGUACGAGUCAUACUGCCUCCAUGGUGGAGUGUGCAAUUAUGUUUCUGACCUACAAGACUAUGCCUGCAACUGUGUGACGGGCUACGUGGGGGAGCGCUGCCAGUUCAGCGACCUGGAGUGGUGGGAGCAGCAGCGCGCCGGCCGGGCGAAGGCGCGGAGCAUCGCCAUCACCGCGGGCGCCGCCGGGCUGGCCCUGCUGCUGCUGCUGCUGGCCGCCCUGGCUGCCUACUGCCGCAGAAGUCAGAAUUUGUAUAAGAAGAAUCUCUGUGCAGAGGCGAUAAGAGCUGCCAGCAGCCGCGCUGACAACGAGAGCGUAACACCUACUGGCAACAACUCUCUGUUUGCGGUUUUUAAGGAGGGUAACAGUUCUCUGGAGACUAAAGCAGUUGAUCUAAUUGAGUGUGAGACAGCAGAUCCUCAUCCUGCCUGUCCUUCAGAAUCUGAGGAAGAGCAGCCUGUAACAUGUGACAAAGCAGCAGAGACUUUGGCAGAAGAGGAGAAAGAACAAGGCCACCGAAAAGAGGGUCCUGUUGGUGAGAAAUUGCUCCAGUCCCCAGCAGCGGUGAAGGGCUCUCCCCAGGCUCCCUGGAGCAUCCAUCCCAAUCCCCUGCCAGAAAGGGAGCCUUGCAAUCUUGACCCAGCCAGCUUGCUGAUGCAGCCAGACUAGAAGCAGUCUGUGUUUGAACGGGAAAAGGAGGAAGUCAGCAAAGGAUGGGAACUCACAAACACUGAAGCAACACUCCUUUUUUUCCCAUUAAAACCUGCUUUAGAAAAAACCCACCAUUAUUCAUAACAAAACAGAGAAGGCCUUGCCACUCCUUCCCUGUCAUCUUUGCCUGGAAGAAUUACUGAUCAACAUAUUGGCAGUGAGUACUGUAUAAGUAUCACUGCUGCUCACUUCAUUAACUGCCUGCUGAAAGUCACUGGGAGGAAGAGAGUCAAGUGGGUGAUUUAUCAGUGAUAAGUAUUUUCUAAGGGAGCUCGUUGCAAGUCGUGAUCUUUACACACACUGAGUUGAGAAACUGCCUAGAAAGUGGAACACAAGGACAGCUGCAGAGAAACAGGAAUGGAGGAUAAAGCAGAAAAAUUAGUUCAAAAUGAUCUUACUAUAAAAAAAUUUUUAUGGACACUUUAUGCCUCUCCCCAGUGCUGCUGAAAGACCAGUGCAACUUCUUGGAUUCCACCUGAGAUGUUCUUGUGUCUAGCAAGCACCACAUAGGAUCUUGAAUUUCUCAGGUUUUGUGUUCUGGAGGAUGUUUUGCAGGCACAUGUUAUUAAUGGUGGGCAGCAUUUGAGGGGAAAGGUGUUUCCUCCAUUUUUUUUUCCCAGCGUACACUGGUCCUUCAGAGCAUAACAGGGUUAUUUCUGGGCUGAGGAAGUGGGUUUCUGUCUGCCUUCAGCCCUGCAGAGAGGCAUGUGCUGGAGCUGUCCUUGUCUUAUAAAGGUGUGCCUGGCACCAAAACCUGGUCCAUUAUAUAGAACUCAGUGUGAGGACAGAAGUCCAGCCAAUUGCUGUUCCAAAAGACCAGGAGAAGUGGGACAAAACCACAAAAAAGCCGCUUCAGUUCAGACUGACUUCCACUCAACUGAUUUGUGCUGCCUGUAGAAUCUGAGGGAACAAUUGGAAAACUGAACAAAUUUUUUCCUGUAACUGGAUUUCUAACACCUAUCAGGUCAUUUACUCUCUUGCAAAGCUCUGUAGUAUGCAGAGAUGAGGUCAGUUGGUGUGAGCAUGGUGCUGAUAACACCAAGGUUGUGGCUUCAAUCCCUUCAAGCCUUUCACUCCAGAGUUGGGCUUGAUGAUCCUUGUGGGUCCCUUCCAACUCAGAACAUUCUGUGAUAUCAAGUGAUUUUCAUCAACUUGUCUUGACAUCCUAAGGCUGUUUUCAGAAUCUUUUGGAAGAUGCCUGAACAUCAGCUGAAUUACUAAUAAUGAUUUUAUUAUUUGUGGGGGAUCUCUCAGUCCUCUGUUUUUGAAGCCUGCUGGUGUAACCUUUAAACUCUGCUACAGUGCCCACCACUAAUGUUCCUUGUAAUUCAUUAGAUGGAUAAUAGUGGCAAACAUUACUAAUUUCUGUGUUUACUAUUCUGCUUUUCUGGGUUCCUUUUGAAUCCUGCCAGAAAGGUAUGGAAUGUUGUCAUUUUUGUUGUUUGUUUGUUUUUUUUCACCAGCUCUGCAGGCCAAUAUGGGAAAGAGUUUUGAAAUGCUCUUACUUCUUAUCCAAAAUGGUUACACACUGGAGUAACUUUGUGAAGUCAGUUUUGUUUUAUGUUGUUGAAACAGUAAUGACACUGAGUCCUGGUUUUGUAGAGGGUUGUCACUUAACUUCUAAAGUGAUUUUGAAUUGUUGAUUCUGUUUUCUAACCACAUCAAUUCUGGACUCAGAAUAAACUUGUAAAAUACUAAUUUUCAAAGCUUAGUUGGAACUACUAGCCAUGAAGACUCAUGCUCUUGUGUGAAUGGUAACAAAGGUACUUCCACAGAAAGAGAAAUAGUUGAGAGGUGUUGACAUAUUAAACUGUGUUCAGGAGCAGGCAACAACUGUGUUGAAUCAUUAGGAUUUGAUAGAUUUGAUUUUAAGUUUGGUAUUGUUUAAUUUCACUAACAUUGUUCAAAGCAUCUAGUUUGGAUUCCCUGGUCUUUCAGUCACUAUUCUUCUGUAUUUUAAUGUGAAGAGAGUCCAGGUCUAAAGGCCCCAGUCCAAAAAAGCAUUUUGUUCCCAUGAGAGCUUCCCAGUAAAAAGACUUUGAUCCCUGCACUUUGAGUUUUUCUGGUGAAGUAUGUUUGUGUGCUUAAAAUGCAAGUGUUGUGUUGAAUGACAGUCAACAUUUCAUUGGAAGCUUACCCAAUCAAAAGAAAUAAAGAUAUGUAACUUUGAAUCUUGCUGGAAUAAAGAUGUUUCAGACUCCUUAAAAAUUAGUUUGCUAUUCUAUCCUGGGUAUUUUUUGUUUACUUUGCUUUCCUUCCAAGGAUCUAACUUUAAAUUAGAUAGUAUUCUUUACAGAAUAAGAUAGGGAAACCAAGCUGAUAUGUUUUUGUAAUUAGAGUGUUUGAAGUUUUAAAUGUUUCCUUAACUCAGCUCUAAACUCAAAAUAAUAUUUAGUGUAAAAACUUGAAAUGAUAUUUCAAUACAAAUUUAAUAUAUUUGGUUUAUUUGUAUGUUUAUAAAGUUAUUGAUUUGUAAAUAAAAUUUUAAAAAAUACCAGACAAAAA